AUCUUGCUGGAGGAGAUUUCGCAAGGAUUUUUCGCAUAACGUCAACGUGUAGUUUGCCUUGCUCAAGUAAACCUUUGUUGUAGUUGUACCUUCACCUUAUUAUACUUGUAUUUUUUUCUAUCUCAGCCCAUCGUCAGUCAGUAUGGUCAAGUCACAUCAUAAGUUAGCCUAUGUGGAAUGAAAUAUUGCUUAUUAUUACAUAAAACUGGACGUCUAGAACGGAAAGGUUGUCAUUUUAUGGUCAUCAAUCCUACCAAGCACACAAACUGUCCUGGCCAAAUCGAUCUAGUUUAUUGUCUAUCUGAAUUUUGACUUGGUGGAUAUGUAGAUUAAGCCAAUAGUUUCGCAUUAGAUAAUCAAGCUGCUUGUGGUGACCUUAACACAGUUAAUAAUUGUGAACAUUGACAUUGUGUAUCGUCGCAAAAGAAGCUACAAUGUACUGGUGGGUGCUCUAGAUAAUAACUGUUUUCUAUCCAUCCAUCCAUAUUACUUGACGGAUGACACCCCACGCUUCUGUUUGCUGGUCACUGCUGCACAUUAGAUAAGUGACUUUUAGAACACAAGAAGACUUUGACUUUGGAGUUUCCACUUGCCAUCAUCGAUUUCCAUUAAUUACUCGACUCGUCCUUGAUUUGCGUCGACAACAAAACAUAACGAACCAACAAAACCCCUACUGAAUAUUGAAUGACAAGUGUUGCUGCUUUUUAUUCCGUGACGGGUUUCAGUUUUUGAAUUGAUUAUCAUGCAAAACAGUGGUACGUGGUUGUGGUAGUGAAGUUGCCCUAUAUUGCAAAUUUUAGUAGUUCAAUUUGGCGAGACCCAGCAAGUUGGACGGCGAUUAGAGAUAAUACUUUGUGGAGAAAUUGGUUUUGUUCGCGUGGCAUAAGUAUUUGCCUUCAGAAAAUUGUGGAGUGAGAGUUACGGAGACAAUUUAUUAUGGCGGAUCAUGAGAAGGGGCCACUUAACGGGACUAAUAUCCCAGUACAGAAGGUCCCGAAAGCCAGAAUAUUAUUUUCUGCCAGACUGACGCUCGCCCUCCUGUGCAUGUUUGCCACAUGGAAUUUUAUGUUCCAAAGACUGACCAUAAAUUUUGGCCUGGUUUGUAUGGUCAAGACUCCAGCGUUGAUGGCCGUACCAGAUCUCAACUUUACGUUACAAAAUAAUGAUAAUAACACAUCUUCAUUGUUUGGUGAGACAACACUUGGGGGUGACGAGGUUGACAUUGUCGACCUUUCGCCAAAUAUCCACACCGACUCGGAUUGUCCAGUCGUAAAGAAGAAGAAUGAAACGGGGGAAAAUUCGGCUAGAUUUGACCUUGGUGAAUUUGAGUGGUCAAGAGAUACAUUGGGUUGGAUUCUGGCCUCAUUCUAUUAUGGUUUUGUGAUAUCACAGAUCCCUGGAGGAUGGUGUGCGGAUCGGUUUGGUUCGAAAGGGGCAUUAAUUUGGAGUGGUGGCUUGCUCAGUGUCUUGACAAUGCUGAUACCACCGGCAUCUUACCUAGGCCCAGAGUAUCUUGUUGGACUUCGAUUCAUCAGUGGCAUUGCAAAUGGAGCAUCAAUGCCAGCGAUAAGCAGCUUAUCAUCCCGUUGGUUUGCGGAUGUUGAACGAGGUUUCAUGUUGGGGAUCGCUUAUGCAGGAUUCGGUACAGCAACGGCUAUGGCGUACCCUAUCUCAGCUUUCUUCUGCGAAUAUGCUGGAUGGCCACAGUUGUUCUACUUUGCCGGCAGCAUUGGUCUUUUCUGGUGUGUCCUGACCUACUUCUUGGUAUUCGAAUGGCCGGAAGAUCACCCUCGCAUAUCACCCAAAGAAGUCCAGUACAUUCAGAAGCAUCGCGCCGUUCAGUACGGAGGACCAACGAGACAAAAAGUGAAAGUUCCCUGGGUUCCCAUGCUCCUCUCGAUGCCGGUAUGGUCUCUCCUAGUUGCGAAUUUUUGCUGCUUUUGGAUCUUUCUCACAAUCAGCAUGUACUUACCCACGUAUCUCAAAGAGGUUUUACACCUCGAUAUCGGAGAGAACGGCUUGCUGUCCGCUGUACCUUUCGUCGCUAUGAUGUCAUUCCAUUUCGUCGUGGCCCUAGUAUUCGACAGACUUCGCAAGCGUGGGCUUUGCAGUGUGACUCGACUUCGCAAGUCAUUCAAUACUUUGGGUGCUAUUGGUGCAGCUGGUGCCACCAUCCUUGUCGGCAUCCUGGCCUGCGACAACAUAAUGGGGGCCAUAUUUUUGAUAACUUGCAGCCAAGUAUUCAUCGAAUUUUCCUUCAUGGGGGGCUACAUCUUCUCAAUUUUUGAGCUCGCCCCAAAAUUCGCGAGUUCUUUAACCGCAAUGAUGAACACCUUUGGUCUCAUCGUCGGCCUGCUGGCACCCCCACUCGUCUCCUACCUCACCCCGAAUGGGACAAGGGAAGAGUGGCUGCUGGUCUUCAACCUCUCCGCCGCCAUUUGCGCCUUCGGAGGCGUUUUCUACCUACUCUUCGGCUCCUCGGAACUUCAACCGUGGGCGUCGGAUGGGGGGAAAGGAUCUCCAAAUGGGGGAAAUCCUGCCCUAAAUUUUAACGGUGCUAAUGGAGAUAAGGAGAUGAAAGUGUUACAAAUUAGGUUAAUUAGCGGGGAGAGUAACAUUAAUGGAGAAAUUGUUAAGAAUUGAUUGUACUUAAAAACCGAAGUAAUUACUUACAUAUAUAAUGAUUUGUUAUUGAUUGAGGGGGUUGUUAAUGAUGUGGUGUUGUUAUUAAAUGUGAUGCUAGUUUAAAGCUUUAAUUGUUGUAUUAAUUUAAUUGUGAAAAUAAAAGAAACUUGUUUUUCAUGAAAAA